GCUAAUUGAAAUGUUAUAGCCUACAAUAUACGCUGGAUAAACUGAUGUGCAUUAAUGAUUGUGUCUUAAAUGUCAUUAUUAUACAAGGGAAAUAAAGAGAUUUUCUUAUUUAUUCUCUUGGCAGAUUAGAAAUACAUUUGAUUCUUUAAAACAUGACAGAGACAGAUGAAUCUUCACCUCUCAUAAAGUCUGAUUCUGGGACUACCAAAACAAAUGGCACAGAUGCCAUACAAAACGAUAUUGUUGAUUCACCAUUGGCUAUUGUACCACUGGGUGCUACUGCAGUCAAAAAUAAAACAGAAGAAAAAGAAAAGUUUGCUUUUCGACGCUUGACCAGAAGAAAUAAAUUGGUCAUAGUUCUAUUGUCCAUGGCUAAUUUCUUUACUGGAUGUGGCUACUCUUUGCUGGCUCCAUUUUUCCCACAAGAGGCAGAGUAUAAAGGUGUCUCCACAACAGUUACAGGAUUAAUUUUCAGCCUAUUCCAGCUAGUUAUCUUUAUCUCCUCUCCAAUUUAUGGAAACUUUCUGACAAGAAUUGGUCCAAAAUUUUUGUUUGUUUCUGGCAUAUUAGUUGGAGGAUCUUGUUCUAUUUUAUUUGGUAUCCUUGAUAAAAGUCCAUCAGGCUUGCCUUUCAUUAUCAUCUGUUUUGCUUGCCGAAGUGUCGAAGCAUUAGGACUCUCGGCUUUAAUAACCUCAUCUUUAGCAAUCAUCUCAAAUGAAUUUCCAAAACAUGUAGCGACUGUUUUUGGUUUUUUGGAAACAUCUAAUGGUAUAGGUCUAAUGGCUGGACCAGCUAUAGGUGGAUUUCUUUAUGAGGCUGGUGGCUACGGUUUACCUUUCUUUGUGAUUGGCGGUGCAGUUUUAGCUACUGGCAUGCUGAUGUUUUUCAUUCUACCAGUUCCACAUGAUGGUAAUUUUGAAAGAAAAGGCAGCCUAUUGAAAUUAUUGAUGAGUCCUAUUGUAUGGUUUUCUUCAAUCGGCAUAUUAGCCAGUAGUAUAGCCAUUGUGUACCUUGAUCCAAUUUUUGCUAAUUAUUUGGAAAAGUUCAAUUUAUCCACAUCUACAAUAGGCUUGAUAUUUGUCAUAGCACCUGGCCUUUAUGGAUUAACAUCACCUCUAUGGGGCUAUAUUAGUGACAGAACAGGAUAUAAUCCUCCAAUGAUAAUUCUUGGCAACUUAAUGUGUGGAAUAGCAUUUCUUCUGAUAGGACCAGCUCCAUUUCUGUCUUUCUUACCAGUCAAGUUGUGGGUCAUUAUUAUUGGUCUUGUCAUCACUGGAACUUUCUUUGGUGCCACUGUUGUGCCUUCUAUGAAAUGUUUACUGAUUGGUGCUUUGGAGGUUGGUUUUGAGGACAACUUGGAUACAUAUGGAGUUGUUUCAGGGCUGUUUGUCUCAGUUUUCUCUAUAGGGUCCUUUAUAAGUCCAAUGAUGGCUGGAGUCCUGGUGGAUGAAAUAGGCUUUAGAAAUGGGGCAGUAGUAGUGAGUGGGAUAAAUUUUUGUGUGAUGAUUUUGUCAUCUAUCUUUUUUACUCUACGUUGGUAUAGACGUCCAUCCCUUGCUGAUGAUGUUUAUGUAAGAUAUGACAGUAUAGUUCCUCAGGCUAUGACGGAUGAACGGGUAGAAAUUUCUUUUUCUGCAGAGUUUUCUAAAACAAAAGAUAGCCAUCCUUGAUAUGAUAAACAUCAAUUUGUUUCUGCCUGCCAAUGAUUUUGUUGAUGUAUAUUUUUAGCUUAGAAAACUUUUUAUUUUAAAUGAAUUCUUUUGUUAUUGUCAAAUGUAUCAAUUUCUCCCAGAGCGACAAAGUAUAGAAGUUGUUACUAAAAAUGAGAUUUAUCAAAAUAUAUUUAGAAGCCAUUGAAUUAAUACCAUUAUUUUAAAAGGAUAAAUUCAAGUCUUCUUUCAGUCUCAAAAUGUGCAAUAACUAUAGAAUCAUGGUUGAACUGUACUGCAAUUCCUAUGACCCUGGGAUUUUUAGACCUCAAACAGGACAUUCAUUCUACAAAGCUGUGAAUAUUGGCAAUGAUUCAGAUAUUACACUGUACAUAAUACAAAGAAUAUACAAGUAUUGUUGAUGAAGCUCAAAGCUUCAUUCAUCUCUGUUGUACUUUGAUAUUUGUUAUGAUUUCAUUAAUAGGAACUGUUCAUAGUCAAACAUGCUUUAAAUUAUUUUUUACAUCCUUGGUUGUACUCAUUAAUCUUUCCAUUAAUUCGUUAAUGGCUGCUGUUCAUACAUUGUUCAGGAUGGCUGUCUGGUCAUGUGGUAUAUGUGCUCUGUACUGUUGUCUGGAUGGUCUUGGAUUUGAACCCUAACUGCUGCCAUUCCCCCCCCCCCAAUGCUGUGGGAAAUUUAGGUUAGGAUGUAAUCAUAAAUUCUGAAGGAACACCCAAAACAUGAAAGCACAAGUUACAUUGAAAUAUCUCAUAUUUAUGUAUGUGUCAACAUUUUUCUCUCUCAGCAAUAUUUCAACAAGUCUGUUUGUCUUUCAUGGUUACCUGACAUCAUCUGUGUGCCAUUGAAAAGUGCUCUCAAAUCAAGCAUUGCAUACUUAAUAUGGUGACUUAGGGUUAAGAAUGAGUCAUGUGUUACAACUGUACCUGUUUAGUUGAUGCAAACUAAGUUAUGGAAUUAUACUGCAGGGUCCCUAAAGAUUGUUAAUAUUUAAUUAUAUUUUUCUUAAAUAUGAUUUCUUAUUCAUUUUUUUGUACUAAACAUCAAGCCUUCAUAAGUUUGCUUUGUAAUUUUUCUUUGUUGAUCUGUUGAAUGUCAUUCAAAAACAAAACUGUGCAUCGCAUGUAACAUAGCUGUAUGUAUAGACCUGAUAGCCUUAUGGUAAUUGAUCAUUGUUCAUAUCAUUUGCAUUUCCUUAAGAGGACUGUCAUCUUUAUUCCUGCUACUUAUUUCUCUCUCCACUACAUUCCCUGUUAACUUUGUUCCUAGUGCACAAAGACAGUAAAACUUAGAUAAAAUUGUAGUAUGAAUUAAGAAUUUUUAAAAAGAUGUAAAACAGUGUAAAUCACAUUACAAAUACUUAGAAGUAAUUUUAAAAAAUUAUUCUGUACUGUCUAAUCAAGUUGCUUGAAUUAUUUCUUUGUAAUAUCAUUUGAAAAUGAAAAAAAAAGCGACAGAACAUAACUUUUUAAAAAUUAUUUACAUAUGGAAGAGUUAUUUUACUUUAUUUGCUCUCAUGGUAUGAAUGAUGAACAGAAUGCACAAUAUGUGGUCUGAAUCUUUUGACUUUUCUGAUGGCAUCUAGAGUUUUGUUAGUGUUUGGGGUCAGUAUGUUGAAAGAAAGACUGCUUGUUUACUGUGGCUGUGUUUGGUAUGUUGAAAGAAAGACUGCUUGUUUACUGUGGCUGUGUUGGUAUGUUGAAAGAAAGACUGCUUGUUUACUGUGGAUGUUUUUUUGGAAAUAACAUUAUUCUUUGUUAUGCUAAAUUAAUUUUUUGUGUUUAAUCAUUUAGUAAUUUUAAAUGUUAAAUACAAAUUUAUUAUUAAUCAGUCAGGAAAACCAAUGACUUAGUAGAGUUUAAAUCUCUAAUCAAUAUGCAAGACUAGAUUGACACACAUUAUUCUUUUUUUAAGGAAUGCCUGUAAUAUAUAAGAUGAUGAGUUAUUGUAAUUUUUGGUCUCUAUACCUGGUUGCCAAUGUUUUACACUUGGUAUUCUUUGGUACAUUAUCUUCGAUAAAUAUUGUUUUGUUGAGAUAGUCUUAGAUAGAUUGUCUUGAAUUAAUAAUUGUUAUAUUUUUGAGGUAUUUUUAUGUAGAUAAUCUUGAAUAAAUUUUAUUUUGUUUAGGUACUUUAAGGUAGAUUAUCUUGAAUAAAAGUAACCUACACAAAUAAAAAUUAUAAUUUUCACUGAACAUUUUGUCAAGUUGUCGAAAGGUCCAGAUGCCACAUCACAAAUAUGUUCAUUGGUUAGAAAGAAAGGCAUAAAUUGUAAACAAGUUAUCUUAUAUAUCCAAAAAAUAUGCAAAGGGAUUAUUUGACUCUAUUGAAAGCCAGGAAGACAAAAGGAUUUGUGCCUUUCAUGACUGAAGAAUAAAUAAAUUUCUUGUAUUUUUCAGGAGAUGUCAUUUUAAUAAAUUUUAACUACUUAAAAUGCCUUGUACCUAUAUCCAUUUGACAUAAACCAAUUCAUUGUCUUUUUUAACACAAUUUGCAUUGUCAUGGAGCUAUUUAAAACUUAAAAUAAUUUUGAAAAUUAUGAACUUUGUUAUUGCUGUAUAAAUCUAGAAACAAAUGUGAUUUACUUGUUGUUUUUUUUCAAUAAGCAGCUAAAAGUACACUAACAUUUCUUGGAUCUUUAGUAUUAUACCAUCUAAUAGUUACACCUAUUCAAUAUUGCUUCUUAAUUACUCUUGAUUACCUAUUUUAAAAUGUCAUUUUUUUUUAAUUUUACUUUUUAAAAAAAAAAAAAGCUAAAUUUGGCAUUGUUUAAAAAUUGUUUUUCUGCAUUUUUUUUUUUAGAAAUAAGUAUUUUAUUUAUUGUUUUUUUUUAUCAAUGUCAGAGAAAAUGUCUACAAUAAAUAAGUUAUUAACCAUAUAACAUA